AUGUCGACCUCGAUCCCAGUAUACGCCAACCUUCUACCUCCGUCUUGGAAGGUCAAAGUGUCGGAAUGGCUUGCCGAAGACUGCCCCUCGUUCGACUGGGGUGGCUUCGUUGUAGGCGAGGACAAGAAACGCGCUACGCUCUUCUGCAAGAGCGAAGGCAUUCUCGCCGGUGUUCCCUUCUUUGACGAGGUGUUCAAGCAACUCGAUUGUCGCGUCAGCUGGAACUUCCGCGAAGGCGAAUGGCUCAAAGCCGCCACCGCGGGCGCCAAGGUUAAGAUCGCCGUGGCAACAGUCGAGGGACCAUCACGCAAGAUUCUGCUCGGCGAACGGGUGGCGCUCAACACUCUGGCUCGAUGUUCCGGUAUCGCCACGGCAUCCGGAUUGUUCUUGAAAAAGGCGAGAGAUGCAGGGUAUAACGGUAUCGUAGCUGGAACCCGAAAAACCACGCCUGGGUUCAGAGAUGUGGAAAAGUACGGAAUGCUCGUCGGCGGCGUCGACAUGCACAGAUACGACCUGAGCAGUAUGGUGAUGCUCAAGGACAAUCACAUCUGGUCCACUGGCUCCGUCACAAAUGCCGUGCACUCGGCGAGGUCUGUCUGUGGAUUUUCGCUGCGCAUCGACGUCGAGGUACAGAGCUACCAAGAAGCGGUUCAGGCGAUCGAGGCGGGGGCAGAUGUGAUCAUGCUCGACAACAUGGAAGGCGAAACGCUCAUCAGCAACGCCAAAAGAUUGAAGCAUGAAUGGAGUGGUAAGCACAAGUUCUUAUUGGAGAGUAGUGGCGGGAUCGAUAUCGACAAUGUUCAGCAGGGUGGACAUGUGGACAACUCGAUCGAUAUCAUUUCGACUAGUAGUAUUCAUCAGUCGACCAAGCACGUUGAUUUCUCCUUGAAGAUCGAUCCUUCGUCGUAA